AUGUUCUCAUUAGUUACGAUGGCAUCUAUAGCUAUUUAUGAGCAGUCACUUUCUACUCUACUUAUUAUGGAACAUAUUGAAUUAAUAAUCAUAUUCAAGAUUUUUUUUGAUGGUUCAUUAGAUGAUCAUUUGACGAUCGUUAGAACAAACAUUUAUGAAUACAUGAAGACGAUUUGUUUUCAUUUUAAAGCUUUUUUUCUGAUAUGGGACACUUUGAUGAAGUUUUCUCAACAACUUCACACCUUUCUACCUUUCAACAAUUCUAUUUCAUGUGAUAAUAACUUUAACUUACCAACAAUCAUGAGAAAACAUCGCUCUUGUUGUUUUCUUUCUCUUCGCCGUGAUUUAUCAAGCGGUGUACUUGGUAAUCCGCACAUGGCUCCCCAAAACUUUGUAGAGAGGUAG